AUGUCUCCCAACUUGCACAGCGCACCGCCAUACCCCCCGCCGGCCACGCAUCAACCACCUUCAGCACCGAUCGGCGGGCCGUCGUCCGGCCCGUUGUGGGUCAACUGGGGACUCUACCCCAAAUUUAUGGACAUUAUGCCCCAUGAGCCGCUCGAAAAAUAUGUCCCGGGAGGGUUUCACCCUGUCUCCUUGGGCGAUGCUCUCAAGGACGGGCGGUAUACUAUCCGGCACAAGCUGGGCUAUGGCGGCCAGUCUACGGUCUGGCUCGCCUGGGAUGCACAUGGGCCAGGGGCAUGGGUCGCCAUUAAGAUUAAGUCCGCGCGGGCUUCUGCGAACGGCCCCGGCCAGGACUCUGAGAUUGUUGCCCUUCAGACGCUCGAGACAUACUACUGUAGCAUCGAGAAGACACAGACACAGUCGCAGGCACGCUCUUUCAUCCGGGUUUUCGACACUUUUCAACAUACGGGGCCUAAUGGCGUGCAUAACUGUAUUGUUACGGAGGUGCUCGGGCCAACUCUGGCGGAUCUUCUUGACGAGUACCGGCCGGAUGAGAAUACGUUACCUCCGGAUGUGGUCCUUCGGGUAUCGCGGCAGCUUCUACAGGGGCUCGACUUUACGCAUCACGCCGGCAUUGCUCAUGGAGACGUGUCUCCUCGAAACAUUUCGUUUACGUGCAAAAAUACACAGGCAGACGGCAACGACUUGUUUGAGAUGGUCGGCGGAGAGCCGCCAACCGCUGCGUACGAUGACAACAACAACACCGCACGACCAGCCGGUCUCCCCGAACAGCUGGUUGCUUGCACGGCCUGGGAUGGCUGGUACGUUGACACAGUCGAGGACAUCCGGCUCAUCGAUUGGGGCUGGUCGUUUGCUGCGGGCAAAACCGUCACGGUUCUCGGCCAGCCGAACAACCUGCGGCCCCCCGAGACGUUUUUCGAGCAUUCUUUUACCUGCAAGCACGACUUGUGGCGAGCAGGCUGCGUGACGUCGCCGUUCUCCUGCAUCGGCGACCCGAACCAUUUCUUCAUUCGACGGCAAGUUGCCAAGUUGGGUCCGCUGCCAGCGCCGUGGCAUGCGAAAUGGGAAGAGAUGUUGGUUGGUUAUAAAUAUGCAGAAGAAGACGCAGCCAACAUGCCCCAGGAACUCAUGGAGGAUACGUUCGAGCCGCGUCGACAGGAAAUCCGCACUCACAUUCUCAAUGCAGAUCCAGACCUUGGCGAAGACGACAAUGAAUAUGAAAGGGAUGAAUAUUCAGAGUACGACGUGGAGGCGCUCAAGUGUCUGUUGUGGCCGAUACAGGGCCUCAUGCGGCAUGAACCAAACAAGCGCAUCUCGCUGCAAGAGGCAGCUUCUUCGAUCCAGUGGAUAGACCACAGGAGGGAGGCAAAGGAUGAUACCAAUACAAUGUCAGUACAGUAA